UUCUUUUCUUUAUUUGAAGUAACAUAAUAGUUUUUCUAUAUACAGACAUUUAUACAAGUAUACAACUCUAUAUUAGUGCCAAGAACUGUUGUCCAUAUAUAAAACAGUAUAUAUUUCUAGAGUUGCAGGUGAAAUAUUUGCUGUGAGCAUUGCGCAAGGAGGACCGCCACCACGGUUUAUGCAAGAGUGGUGUUACGAAUACCUUGUUACCGGUAACAUCAAAAGGGAUGGUGUACAUGACACAGAGAUAUCACCACUAAUCAAAAUGAUUGAAGAUUCAUCUGACCUGUCCAACUUCACAAAAGAAAUCCUGGACUGUGGCUACACUGGACCGAUCAACACUGACCACAAGGAAAGCAUAUUGAGAGCUCUUGCUCUACAUAUUACUACAAAAUGCAUCCCAAUGCUGCAACAACUGCGUGUGGGCCUUGAGAUAUACGAUCUAAUCAAAGUCAUGCAGAAAAAGCCACAGGAGUGUCAUGAUCUCUUUGUCAUAGGAUAUGAUGAAAAAGUUGACUCCCAUUACAUUUUAUCCCACCUGGCCCCAGAGAUGAGCCCAAUUGGUUCGAUUAAACAAGUGAAAGAGUCAAAAAUCAUGGAAUUCUUUCAAGAUUUCCUACUUGAACUUGAAGACACACAACCAGAAGACGCAGCAGCAGGAGAAAACUUGUCUGUGCCAAAGAUAAUGCAGUGGAUGACUGGGCAAGCUCACAGGCAUCUGCUUGUGUCAGAAAGGGAGAAGUUUAAUAUAGUGUUUAAAUUUGACCAUUGCUGUCUUCAGCACAUGCCAAACCACACUGUGUGUUACCCAAUUGUCAGUGCUUGCACCAAUACCAUAACAUUUCCUGUUGUCCAUAUGGUAGAUUACGAGUCUUUCAAAACACUCAUGCAAACUGCUGUUACAUAUGGGGCAAGCUUUGACAGAGUGUAAUGUAUAUCAAAGCAUUCUCUUUAAUUGCGUUAUUCUUUGUAAAAUUUUAAAGGGGUAGUUCAUCCAAAGAUGUAAAUUCUGUCAUUGAUUACUCAACUUCAUGUUUUUUCAAACCUGCAAGACUUAGUUCAUCUUCGGAACACAAAUGAAUAUGUUUUUAUUGAAAUCUGAGAGAUUUCUUUCCCUCCAUUGACAGCUACACAACUACCACUUUGAACGCUUCAAAAAGUUAAUAAAGAGAUAAAAACUAAUCCAUAUGAAUUUGGAGUAAACUACUCAACUGGGGAUAUGAAAAUUUGGAUAUUUUGAAUAUGGAUAUUUUGCAGUCUUUCUGAAACGUCAAAGUGGUAGUUGUGUUGCUGUCAAUGGAGGGACAGAAAUAUCUCAGACUUCAAUAAAAACAUUCAUUUGUGUUCUGAAGAUGAACAAAAGUCUUACAGGUUUGGAACAACAAGAGGGUGAGUAAUCAACAACAGAAUUAACAUUUUUGGGUGAACUAACCCUUUAAAUGCAUGUAAGGGGAAAUAAUAUAAAUUUGUAUUUGGUGUACAUUUAAAAAAAAAAAUCAAAUAUAUCAGCCAAUUUCUUGUGGGAGCCACAAACAAGUUCUAAUAAAAAAAAAAAGUUUCUUAUUGCA